GCGAACCCAAGGGGGCGCUGCCGCUCCUGCCGGGCCUGCCUGUACCGGUGGCGCCCUCAGGCGGGGCCAGGACCGGGCCUCCAAGAAGGCGGCAGCAGCGCUGGCAGGAAGGGCCCCCGGGUCCACUGGCGCUGCCCGCCCUCGACCUGCCCCCUCCCGCCCCGGAUCCCGACAACAUCUGGGUCCCCCAGGGGCGCUUCCUUCCCGACAUCCGGCUGCCCUUCCCCGCUCCUCGCCCGCCCUGGCUCCCGCCCAAUAUGCCUGACCGGAGAUACGGGGCUGAUGGCCUUGGAAGAAGGAGAUGCCGAUACCUUAAAACGCCGUGUAGUGGAACUACUGCUUCAGAACCCCCAAGGCAUCAGGUUUGAGAAUUUUUCUGGGGCCUUCCAUCAGCUGCAUGGUUACUACCCUCGUAUUGCUCUUCAGGGAUAUCAUAAGCUCAAGGAAUUAUUGGCUGAUAUGAAGAAUGCUGUGGUUGUGGAAAGGCGUUCACGGCAACAAGUUAUGAAGAUUGCAGAGGGCUUCUGCCUUGACCUUUCGUUGGAAGGAGAAAAAGGGAAUGGAUUGGAAACAUCCGAAAGAGAAGUGGAGAACCUGCGAGAUGAAGACCAAGUUGGAGGAAAAACAACUCUUGCAGACAUCUUGGAUUGGCUCAUCAGCCUCCUAAUGGAGUACAAAUCGGGACUGAGAAUUAGCUACAUCAAGAAAUUCAUGCUAUCCAAGCAUGCAGUGAACAUGGAAAAGUUCAGCAUUGCCCAAGGCUACAAGAACAUCAUGGAAUUCUUGGAACAUGAACUGCCAAAGCUAAUAGUCAGAUAUCGAGAGAAACCCCGUGAAUAUGUUGUACAGAUUCCUGAAGAUCUCCUUGACUCAGAUCUGUCUCUGGACUCAGAUUUCUCUACAUCGAGCUCACAAUCUUCAACCCAGGAUCUAACAAGAACAAACUCUGCUAGCUCUUUGUAUUGCACCUGCAAAAUUGACCCAAACCAUGUGAAGCAACCUACAAAAUAUGUCCCAGAUCUGCCGGCUGCUUCAAAGCUAAUUCGGGAUGUGCUCAAGAGAUUCCCUCGUGGUAUGAAAGUACGUUUGCUAAAAAGAGUCCUCAGAAAGAGACGCAGAUUUCACUUGGAGGCAUUCUGCACACAGCACGGAUACCAAGAUGUGUUGUCCUGCUUGAAGGAUAUCCCUGAGCUGCUUCUCCUAAAUACAAAUAGGCCUCAGAAUUGUGUCGUCCGCCUUCAGCCAUGUCACUUUGGCUCUGAUCUGUCUUUGGACUCGGAUUUCUCUGGAUGCAGCUCUCAUUCUGAACCCCAUGGUCUAACAAGAAUGAAUUCUGCUGUCUCUCUACCUUCUACCAGUGUGAGUGUGCUGAACCAUGUGAAGGAACCUACAAACCAGGCCCUAGCAUUACCAGAAGUUUUGUCUUUAGUCAAUAACCUGCUCACCAAGUACAAAGACGGUCUGAGAAUUAAGAAAAUUCAAGAUUUCCUGAUGGCUACAAACAGCAUUGACCUUGAGAAAUUCAGUAUCAUGCAAGGCUACAAAGGCUCAGUGGAAUUUUUGCAGCGUCAAAUGCCUUAUUUAUCCUACAAGAAACGAAACCAAGGACUCCACAGUAUUGUUAAACUGGGUAUAAAGGCAAAAAAGAAGCAGUCUCAAAAACAUCCUCAAACUGGAACAACCAAAAAGAAUCCUUCUGUUGCUUCUGUUCCCCCUUUGGUGAAUGCCCCUGAGCCACAGUCAGCAAAACCACUGGAGCCAGUUCAUUCAGAAUCAGGCUUUGGAAGUGUCUCUAAGUCUUCCGUUACACCCAAUGAUUUUUCUGCAAGCAAAUCUCAGUCCCAGAGCCUGCCUUUACAAGCUCCUUCCAUACCACAGGAAGUCAAGAACAUGAUCCAUUCCAGCAUGCGUAUCCCACUUCCAUCCUUUCAUGAGGUCCAUAGUACUUCACCAGCCAAGCCUAACAAUUCCAGCCAGUCUAUUUCCAACAGUCCACCCCAGAAGCCAAAUGUAUGCCAGUUUGGUGGAUCACCACCCAUGGAAGAAGUCCUUUGUCAGUUGGAUAGGCAACUGUCUAGCAAAUCCAAAAUGACUGAAGACGAACCUUCAAAGGACCAGGAUGAUUUGAAGCAGCAAGUAGCCCACAUCCUGGCCUUGCAUCCAGAAGGCAUGUCACUUUUCCAGUUUCGUGCAGCCUAUAGUGCCACCUAUCAGCAGCACUUCCCAAUGGACAACGCUGCUUCUGUCAAACAACGUUUGCAGGAAAUGCCAGAUGUUGUUUGUAUGAAAAGCUAUGGAGUCCAAACAAGGCUGCUAUCUGUAUCUUGUGCAAUGCCAUCUUUAAAAUCUGGUCAGCCUGUCUCUGCCACAAUGGAAAAAACUUCAGUUGUCCCUGGUCUCUCACAGCCCAGAACAGUGUCACUGACUCAAGAGAGUUUUGAAGAACUUGGAGGAGAUGACAGCAAGGAGGAUUACCCAGUCCUUGAUUCUUUGCUCCACCAAGUAGUUAAACCAAGAGCUCAUGUGCAAGAGAAUGUGAAGAAGAAGCCCAAGUCAAUGGGAGCUCUUGUCAUUCCUCAGCCCCCUGUAGUUUGUCAUACAUAUGCUCAAGUCACAGCUUCGCAUAAACCUUUGAAACCAAAUAGUCUUCAUAUGAAGCCCACACAUCUGAAUAGCCCUUAUAUUUCUGCCAGUAGUGCCUCAGUGCCUUCAUAUCCAAAUGAUCCUUGUAUUUCUGCCAGUAGUGCCUCAGUGUCUUCGCAUCCAAAUGAUCCUUUUAUUUCUGCCAGUAGUGCCUCGGUGCCUUCACAUCCAAAUGAUCCUUGUAUUUCUGCCAACAGUGCCUCGGUGCCUUCACAUCCAAAUGAUCCUUGUAUUUCUGCCAACAGUGCCUCAGUGCCUUCACAUCCAAAUGAUUCUCGUAUUUCUGCCAACAGUGCCAACAGUGCCUCAGUGCCUUCACAUCCAAAUGAUCCUUAUAUUUCUGCCAGUAGUACCUCAGUGCCUUCAUAUCCAAAUGAUCCUUGGAUUUCUGCCAACAGUGCUUCGGUGCCUUCCACCUCUCAUCCUGCCUCUUACAAUUCUGGAACAUGGGCGCAGCCGGUGAGCUAUCCAUUUGUGCCGUUGGUUUCCCAGAUGCCAGAGAUUUUCCCUGUCAUGCCUGCCUAUAUCAAAGUUUCUAGAUAUCCUUCUGGGAUCCAGUUUAAGAACCCUACAGUUCAGAGCUCUCCUUUUGCUCAGCCACCCCAUGUGCUCCCAAUUAGAUAUGAUCCAACAAUGCAUCUGACCCAAAGCAUAGAACAAUGGAGCAACAUUCGUACUCUCCCACAAGUGGAUGCCUAUUCUCCAGUGAAGACAUCAUCCAACAUUCUGCAGCUUGCCCAAAGCCCUACAUCCUCAACAAGGAGAUAUCCCAUAUCUCCAUCUUCUAGAAACAUCUCCCAGACUGUCCAGCAUUUAGAAUCUUCUAAACAUACCCAGCAGGUUGGUCUGCAGCAUGGUUCAGUUGUGGUAACAAUGAAUAAAAGCUUUGUAGUAACAUCUCUGGACACACAGCCUAAGCCUCCAGCAUCUGCUUAUCAGAGACAAUAUGUUGAUUGGAAUCCUCUGGCAUCUACUACAAACACAGCACAGUUCAUUUCACUUGGUGCUUGCUCCACUAGUCAGCCCUUUCAGCCCUUGGAAAUUUCCUCUAAUAGCAAAAAGAAUCCUAAUGCUCUGCUUUUUGAACCUCCAGUUUUCGUGGAUCAGCCACAACCUGUUAGUGCAAGUGCCACCAUAACCACCUCAUCGUAUUCACCACCUUCACUUGUAGAUGCUAAUGUAAGCCCAUAUUCCAACCACUUAACUCCCUCCAGUAAUUGCAAUGAUUCUGCUAGUCAACCUUUAAAGCCUUGGGCUUCCAUUCAACAACAACAUACUAGCCUGGAUGUCUCUGUAAUCAAUUCCAGCAGAAAACAAGCAGGUUCAUUGCCUUGCCCUCAAGACCUCACUAUCAGACCAUCCCGCCAACUCUCCAUAACACCUUUAAGUGUUUGUACAGAUAAUGAGCCUCCUAUCCAAGCUAAGCCUGUGGUUUCUUUUUCUAAACAUGCUGACGAUCAUCAUGUUUCUUUGCCAAUAAACCAGACAUCUUAUUCUCCCCCAAAUAGCCCUCUAAAAAAACUGGAUAGUUGUGUUAUCUUGUAAUAACAAACAUUGAGGAGGUAGGCAUUUUCUGGGAUGAUGCUGGUAGCAGUGAUGGAUGAGUGCAUUCAGAAUUCUAAGAUGGUUCCAUCCCAUCCAACGGCACUGUUGGCUUCUGUAACUUCUAAUUGUUAUAUCACAUUUAUUAUUCUAAUUUUUUUUACUAACUACAGAUACAUUUGUAUGUGGUGCAAAAUAAAUUAUAACAAAUGACUGGUCUUUUAUCGCUUUGCUUUCAAUUUUUCUUUCUGUUACAUCUUUCUCCAUUUUAUGAAAAUUAUUUGGUGGUCAAGCACAUUCUUGUUUCAUAUUUCCUUCACCUGAUUUCCAUCCAUUGGUGGAAACUGAAGUAGCCCAAGACUUCAGGGCAGUCGGGAUAGUGGGACUGGGUCUGAUUUGGGCCAAGACAUUAUCCAGAUGGACAUUGCUGCCACCACCUUUUCUUUGCACUUCUCAUGCCCAUGUCCCUGCCAUCCUUGUUGGUCAUGUGAAUGUUCCAUUCUAACAUCAACAGUGGUGCCUUUGAUGUCCAGGAGCUUUCAUGAAAUUCUAUGACAGCUAGGAGCAGUGCUGGAAGUAACAUAGAGGAGGUGACAGCCCAGCAAUUCUCUGGUUGAUCCCCUAAGGGCAGAUUAGGCAAAUCUAUCCAAUAUUGAUGUGCCUUUAGAGGACAAAUUAGUUAGGAAUCAAGAAAAAAAAUCCAUUCUGCCUUGAAAAACAAUAGGGAGAUGGCAGGAAUCAUCUGGAUCUACCCAAGUGCAGUGAUGGCCAGUACUAUCUGAAGCAUGUUCAACUUCAGUAUUAACAGUAUGGCAGGACCAGGCACAAGUUGAAAAUAAUGAAUCUUUAAGGAUGUGUGCAAUCUGCCCUUUUAAUUCGGGGUGUUAUUCUUAUUUGCUUCAUGGUUUUAGAUAGUCAUAAUGUCAGGGAAUCACCUUUUAAGUUUGUGCCUUGAGAGUGAAGAUGAUGGCCAGGGUUCCUCCAGCUGUUUCCGAAGCCAGAUUACUAUCAGAAUCUUUGUCUGUGUAUCUAGAUAGAUGAUCCUUUUUGUAAACAAAAUAAGCUCAGGAUGUUUGUUCAUUUAAUUAUACCGUGUUUUAAGUAUGCCUCUGAAUUUUGCAUAUACUUAGUUCCUGUUCAUUCUUACAGAUAAUACACUACGAUGUGUAGUUUGUUUCCACCCAUUUUAGCCUAAAUUAAUAUGCUCAAAAUGUGAACUGAGAAAUUACUUGUCUUUCAGUUUUGUUUGGAUUCACAUUAAAGGUGUGCAACAGAAUAUGGAAACAGAUUUAGGAAUUUCCUUAUAAAUAAAAACAAGACAUUGCAAAAAGAAGUAAACUGUAUGCAAGAAUUCAUUAUUUCCUUGCUAUGUCCUUGUCAACUAAUGUAGUCUUUCUAAAGCAAAUUUUGUUCUGAAAUUGUGCACUGAUUUGAUUAUAUUGUAUUAUUAAAUAUGUCAGUUGCAAUGGCUCUGACUUUGUGACUUCCA